CGCCACUGACUCCACGCUGUGCGAAGAGACUCGACAACACGUAGCCACUCUCCUAACUGUCGUAUCGAGAGACCCGCAGAGUCGCAAGUCACCGCGUGAGUUUGAAGGCCAUCUCGCGGGGCGGCCGCGGCCGAGCGUGUCGGUGUAUCCCGUGCGGUGGACGAGCGACGCCACUCCCGCACCACGUGUCCGCCCCCGGGGCCCGAUGAGUCUGCCCGCGUCGGGCCCGGAGGUGCAGCGUGUGAAGAAGGCGCCCCGCUGAACGAUCCGAGUGUGUGAUGCCCGGGAGUCGCGCCAGCACCGACCCCGAGCACAAGUCACCGCGGGAAAGCGGAGAGGACUCCGAGGAUGAGAGCGAGAUCCUGGAAGAGAGCCCCUGCGGGCGAUGGCUGAAGCGGAGGGAGGAGGUGUACGUUGGGACGAAGUCGGCUCUGUCGGAGGGCUCAAGCUACGGCCCGUCAACGAGAGGAGGCGAGAGCGAAGUUGCGGAAAUGGAGGUGGAGCAACGCGACGUUCCGGGCAUCGACUGCGCCUACCUCGCGAUGGACACCGAGGAAGGCGUCGAGGUCGUCUGGAACGAGGUGCAGUUCUCCGAGAGGAAGAACUUCAAGGCUCAGGAGGAGAAGAUACAGCUGGUCUUCGAGAACUUGACGCAAUUGGAGCACCCCAAUAUCGUCAAGUUCCAUAGGUACUGGACGGACACCCACAACGACAAGCCACGAGUCAUAUUCAUUACGGAGUACAUGUCCUCCGGCUCCCUGAAACAGUUCCUAAAGCGAACGAAGCGCAACGUCAAGAAGUUACCUCUGCAGGCGUGGAAGCGAUGGUGCACGCAAAUCCUCUCCGCCUUGAGCUAUCUGCAUUCCUGCUCGCCGCCGAUUAUUCAUGGAAACCUAACGUGCGAUACGAUAUUCAUCCAGCACAAUGGACUCGUCAAAGUCGGCUCCGUUGCCCCGGACGCGAUUCAUCAUCACGUGAAGACGUUCCGGGCGAACAUGAAGAACAUGCAUUUCGUUGCCCCCGAAUAUGGAAACUCCGUGACUCCAGCCAUCGACAUCUACUCCUUCGGGAUGUGUGCCCUAGAGAUGGCUGCCCUCGAGAUCCAGGGGAACGGCGACUCCGGGACGGUCGUUACCGAGGAGAACGUCAGGAAGACGAUCGAGUCCUUGGACGAUGCUCAACAGAAAGACUUUAUUAGCAAGUGUCUCCAGACGGACCCGCUCUGUAGACCCAGCGCCCGGGAGCUCCUCUUUCAUCCCGUCCUCUUCGAGGUGCACUCGCUCAAGCUCCUCGCCGCUCACGCCUUGGUCAUGUCGGCCACGAAUAUCUCGGAGACGAUAACGGACGAGGUGCUGCAGAGGCUGUAUCGACCCGACACCGUGGUCGCGGAGAUCAAGUUCGCUGGUCGACCUCCACAGCAGAUCCGAUUGAGCGACAUCCCGGUCGCGGAGAAGCUGGAGAAGUUCGUCGAGGACGUCAAGUAUGGAAUUUAUCCGCUGACGGCAUUUAUGGCGAAGCUGCCGCCUCCGGUUCGCCCGAGGGCGAUCUCCCCCGAGGUCACCGAGUCCGUCAAGUCCGUCACCCCCGAGCCCGUCGACGUCGAGUCACGUAGAGUAGUCAAUAUGAUGUGUAACGUUAAGCCGAGGGAGGAGAGCUGCGAACUUCUGAUGACAAUACUGUUGCGAAUGGACGACAAGAUGAACAGGCAGCUGACCUGUCCGGUGACCCAGGUGGACACUUCGAUGCUGCUCGCGCAGGAACUUGUACAUUUUGGGUUUAUUAACGAGAACGAUCGCGACAAGAUCGGCAACCUGAUCGAGGAGGCCCUACGGAGUUGCUUCAAUAAGCAGCUGAUGAGCCCUGGCAUGGUGUCGUUGACGAAUCUCCCAACGCAGGCGACCCUGCUGCUCUCGGGGCCCGAGUUCCCUUGCAUGGAGCACCUCGAGAACUCGGUUGGCCACGCCACGGCCUCCAGCAGCGACAGCGUGACCAGCGUUAAAGCAGCGGCGAGGUCGUUGGAUCUUGCCGGCUACUCCUACCGGUCGACCAACGCUCACGAGGAGACGUCGGUGGAGCCACCGGUCAUCUCCGAGAGCGGCAGUUAACCGUCCAGGAUACCCGGUAACUCAGUUCACUGUGCCACCUUGCACGCUCUAUGUAUAGACUGGCUAUGUAUUUUUAUAUUUAAGUAAAACGCAACGCGGAAGACUCGAGGUAGCGCGCUAGGAGAUGGCGACGAGAGAGAGAGGGGUGUGCGCGCGCCGUGGCAGUAGCCGUCGAGACCGCGGAAAGGGCGCCUCGACCCUCCCACGACUUCCAAACCCCGAAAGCGCGGACCUUUGCUUUAGAGCCCAGGAGGCCGCCCUGGACCCCCUCCCCCAGGUCCUACGGAGGCAAAGUAAGACCCCACGCUCGGUAGAUACCCUCGAGACAGAGAGAAUCGAGACCGAGCAUCGGCUCGCGAGUCUCCAGGCCUCGCAGUGAGCCCCGUCAUCCGUGAAGAUCACCCUGAAGAUCCCACUUAAGCCCCGAGUAUCGCUCGGUUCGGUCGGCAUCCACUAGAUAGCGGCGAAACCCGGAGACAUUCCACGAAACUUUCGGUCUUCUGUUAUCACCCCGACGUCCCGUUGGCGGGCAUCUCGCUCGCGGGUGGCUCGUACCCUCCUUUCAUUUUUCGCGAUUUCUGCGUGUACGCGGUGACACGGACUCGCUCGCGGCGCGGGAGACGUCUGCGAGGAGGUCCUGUCUCGAUGCUGUUUUCAAUAAAUAAAGAGGUCACUGCUUUAUCCUUGCCUCUUUCUCUCUCUGUUGGAGGAUGGGAGAUUGGAGCGGAAGCGACUGCGAGGCCUGGGGCGUUUCGUCGGUCCGGCCGUGAAGUGCGACGAUCGGCCUUCGGGCUCCCUCAAAACGUCGCCGUUUCCGUUCCGAUACGCACAGGGGAAUCGAGGGGGAUGCGUUUGUAAAGUUAAUCUCACCACACCGUCGUUCGUUUCUGACGUUAAGGUAUACAAGCUUGUGAUAUACAGUUAUAUACAUUAUAUUAAUAAAAUUUCGGUUGUCAUAGAGAACGCAACGGCGAGACGCGGCGUCGGCUUUCGGUCUUCUCACCUUGCUGUUGGUCCGACGAGCGGUCGCGCGAGUCGCCGGGACACCUGGGAGUGUCCUUGAUCGAUGCAAUGUCUCUGGGCACUUGCCAGGGUGGCAGGAAAAAUGAGGCGAGUCCCCAGGUUCUGGGGAAAUUCCCUAGCUUACAAAGGACCUCGGUCGCGACCGAACGAUCGAUGAAACCCUUUGCCGUUUGAUUCUGCGCUCGCCCCAUUUUUUCGACCACCGGGUGGCGUUCCUGAGGAUUGAUGAGAAAAAUUCUCCCGGAAGAGUUCGGAGGUUUCCGUGGAAGCUCACCCUGGGUUGUUUGGAUACUCGAAGAGGAGUCCGGGCUUCCGGGGAAAUUUUCUAACUCUUCGAGCCGGUGUUUUUUGGCAUGGAGAGGCGAUGGACUUCGCGUCCGGAGAAGUGCAUUCGCUGCACUCGUUGCCCUCGUCGCACUCCGACAUCGCCGAGGUGUCUGUCACUAGGCGGAGGGGACGAGGAGACGAGUGACGUUACCCGUGGAAUCCUUGUAAAUAAUUUCUAUUUUUAAGAGGCCGGGAAGAAAGGAACGGGGAGGACGACGAGGCAUCUGCCGAGCGCAGAGAACUAGUCAUACAUAGGUAUAUUCGAGUGCCGACUAACUUGCGCCGACCUUGUUGCGUCUCUUUUGCAUUUACAACCUCUCACCCCGCUUGGCCGAGGGAGAGUAUCGGCUCCCGUUUUUCGUAUCCUCUCCGCGACCGAGUCGAGACCCAUCGACGUGCAUUUCCGACUAAGCGAACGACUAACCGUAUCUUAGCGAUAAUUAUUACCAACCAACACGUAAACCUUCGACCCUAAGCAUUGUAAGUAGGUUACGACAUUUAAAUUCAAUGUAUAGCUUUAUAAUUAUCGAGACAAUUAUGUCAGGAGAACGGAAGAGCGGCGACCGAAUCGUGGAGACAUUAUGAGAAGGGCUGUACGAUACGACAGUUAUAUAUAAAUAAAUACCGUAAUUCGUG